CUCCAUAGACUUUAUACUCCCAUCAUGUCCGCCACUGACAAGACAGUCGCGCCGGAGGCCCUGAUCUCCAAAUUCGAGAUCACCAGACUCCUCCGACAAGACCAAAAUGGCCGUCGCAUCGCCCUCCUCGGUUCCAUAGACUCCCAACCGGGGAUCCUCAUCGCCGAACGCGCCGCCUUCGCCACCGAGUCCGUCGAAGUCCUCAAGGCCUUCCACGCCGCCAUCACACAGGUCAACAACCUCGGCGACAACGACAUCUACCGAUGGUACCUGGCCUCAUCGUCGGGAUCCGCAUCGGGGUCUGAGUCGACUGGGUCCCCCGAUCUCAAACUCAACCUCAUCUGGCCGUGCACCGAGCAGCACGUCAAGAAAUACUCGGACCAGAUCCUCCGCAUGGUCACCGAGACGCCACAGAUCUACCGCGACCACGUGCGGCCGUACAUGAGCGCUAAGCGCGAGGAGGGCCGCCUGAACUGGGUGUUUAAUAUCCUGGAGGGCCGCACGGAGCAGGAGGAUGUCAUUCUCAGAGACAGCGGCCACGGGCCCGAGGAUGGGUUCCUCAUGCUGCCGGAUCUGAACUGGGAUCGGAAGACCAUGGGGUCCCUGCAUCUGUUGGCGUUGGUGCAGAGGCGCGAUAUCUGGAGUCUUCGCGACCUGAAGAAGAAGCAUAUCCCAUGGCUGCGGUACCUGAGGCAGCGGGUGCUCGAGGGCACCGUGAAGAUGUAUCCUGAUCUAGACGCGGAUCAGUUGAAGCUUUAUGUGCACUAUCAACCUACGUAUUACCAUUUCCACAUCCAUAUCGUCAACGUCAUGCUCGAGGCUGGCGCUACGCAGGCUACCGGGAAGGCGUUCGGAUUGGAGAACAUCAUCUCACAGCUGGAGACGAUAUCCGGAGACGAAGAGGCCAGCAUGGCGGACGUCAGUCUGUCCUAUUUCCUGGGAGAAGCGAGUGAGCUCUGGACGAACAUCUACGAGCCACUGAAGCGGGGAGACAAGCCCAAUUAGGAAUGAAUAUUUUCUUUCCAUAGAACAGACUAUAUUAGAUGUCUACGAUAAUGACAGAAAUGAG